AUAACAUCUUUCCGUCCUAUAAUGUUCACUUCUCCUUAUCUGUCAAGCAUACUUCAGUCGUAGCAAACAUAUCAGACAUAUUAUAUAUUUACAUAUAUAUUAUUCUGACAUGCUCAUAUUAAACAAAAAGUGUUUUCCAUUUAAAUAGUCUUCUCCUUCUUGCUCACGGAUUGUCUGCUGCCCGCUAGCGAGUUGGGUGUUGGGUGCACGCUUCCAUCUCUAGUUUCAAUGCUUACACGGGCUACAUGGAAAUUGAAGUUAUUUAGUAUUUACAAAUCUAAAGAAACAGAAAGUAAGUAGAGUGGCAGCAGCAGCAGAAGCAGUAACAGUGAUAGCAGGGAACUUGGCGAGACAUUAAACAUUUACUAAGAGGAAAACACACACACACGUACACACAAUAUUAUGUCAGGCAGCAUCAACAAUUACACAAACCAAAUGUAUGCGGCAGCAAAUCGUGCUUACGGCGAACAGAUCCAUCCACAAGCAGAGUCAUACCAGCAGAUGAUGGACAGGAUGCCGCAGCUCAUAGGCGAUCCCGGCAUCCAGCUGGUUAACAGUUUGGAGGAUCGCGAUAAGGCCAUUGUCGACAACAUAAAUGCGGAUCAGCAUGCCGUAUCGCAUAUAAAAUACUUGAAUUCUGAUCGAGAUCUUUCGAUAGAGAAACAGUCCAAGGCGCUGGACAAAUACUUAGAUAGCCAGGACGAGGAGGCGUCGCUGCGUAAAUAUUUAGUCUUUGGCGUCCAAUGGGUCUCAUUGGUUACUGAGAAUCUAUUGAGCCAUCCAUUUAUUGUUCUGCGCCGCCAGUGUCAAGUUUAUAAUGCAUCGAAGCGCUAUCACUUGCAUCCGUUUCAACUGAUGCCGAGCAUUAUGCAUCUGCACCGGCGCCAAGGUGUCACCACCCUGUGGAAGGGCCUGGGCAGUUGUUUGCUUGUGCGCGGCAUGACUCUGGCCAUAGACGAUGUAAUUAGCAAGUUCACCAGCUGGCCAAAGGAUGUGGAUAGCCGGACGACACUCAAGCGUUUCGGACAGCACCUACUGCUGAAGAGCAUUAGCAUCGGCCUGGUUGUGCCCUUCUAUGCCGCCUCCUUGGUGGAGACUGUUCAAAGUGAUAUCGCCAGCGAGAAGCCUGGCCUGCUCGAUGUUUUUCGCGAGGGCAGCCUGCGCCUCUUCUACUGGAGCUCGCCGCAAAAGGGACGCAUGCUGCCCGCCUGGGCCUUGAUUGGACCCAGCGUUACAAUGGGCAUUACCAAAUAUCUAUUUGGCCUGGUUAUACGCGGCGUUUCGUCGCGUAUCAUGCGGCGACGCCUGACGAUGAAGCAGGAGCAGCGCGGUGCCAAGCAUCGCGACGAUACGCUGGAGCAUCAAAACGCCGAGAUCUAUGCCAACUUGAUAUCGAUGCUCACCACCGAGAUGCUGUUCUUUCCCUUCGAAACGAUCCUGCACCGCCUGCAGCUGCAGGGCACACGCACCAUCAUCGAUAAUCUGGAUAAUGGCUAUGCUGUGGUUCCCAUUCUGACGAACUACCAAGGCGCCAUCGAUUGCUACCGCACCACGAUUCUAACCGAGGGUGUGGCUGGCCUCUACAAGGGCUUCGGUGCUGUCGUUCUCCAGUUCGCUGCGCACGUGGCCGUCAUCAAGCUGACCAAGUGGGUCGUCUGCAAGAUCACGGAAUGCAUAUCGAACCGCCCGCCCGCUCGCAUUGUACAGUAUUACAAUUUGGAUCGGGCGUCCGCAGUGCUGGUCGGCGGUAACAAUUCAAAUAAUUCAACAACCAUAUCGCCAAGCAUCUCAAGCACCGAACUGGAUGUUCAUAGCGUAGGGCAGAACUCGCUCGAUUGAUUAGCUUUAGCUUUUGGUUACGUGUUCUACAGACACACACACACCCAUAUAUAUACGUAUAUAUAUAUAUAUAUAUAUGUAUUUUCAAAAUUUCGUGUGGAAGCUCUCUCGGCUCUCUCUUUAUAUCUUUAUCUAAGUCUGUAAGGUGUUUUCCAUAAGAGAGUUAGAUAUAUCUUCAUAUAUUUUUUUUCUUUUAAUUCUAUUUCGUUUUGCUGUGAUAACUUCCACGAGUCUUGUUUCCUUUAUGUGUAUAUAUACAUAUAUAUAUAUAUAUAUAUAGAUAUGCAUCAUAUAUAUGUGUAUUUGUAAAUGAAAGGAAAUUAUAUUAGAAAAUCCAUAUUAUAUUUUAUUUUUUUCAUGUUUCAAUCAAACAGCUUAAAGUUUUAGCCAAGCAUGUUAUUUAUUGAGAACUGAUCAAUUGUUUCACGUAAGCUAGUCUGAAAUUGUGUAAUUAGAUCAUUAAAAAAAAUAUUUAAACGGAAAAAAAAAUUAUAACUAAAAUUUAAAUAAA